AGUCCAAGGGUGAUCCCCCCCACCCCCUUGGGCCCAAUAUGAUACUAACUAAAGCCCAGUACGAGGAGAUAGCCCAGUGCCUAGUGUCUGUACCGCCCACCAGGCAGAGCCUAAGGAAGCUGAAGCAGAGGUUCCCCAGUCAAUCGCAGGCCACUCUGCUGAGCAUCUUCUCCCAGGAGUACCAGAAACAUAUUAAAAGAACACAUGCCAAACAUCACACUCCAGAAGCGAUUGAAAGUUAUUACCAGAGGUAUCUGAAUGGUGUGGGGAAAAACGGAGCAGCCCCUGUGCUCCUGGAGCUGGCCAAUGAGGUGGACUAUGCACCCUCAUUAAUGGCUCGGAUUAUCCUGGAGAGAUUUCUACAGGGGCGUGAACAGACUCCACCCUCCAAGUCUGUUAUAAAUAAUAUGCUACGGGACCCUUCUCAGAUUCCAGAUGGAGUUCUAGCCAACCAGGUCUAUCAGUGCAUCGUGAACGACUGCUGUUAUGGACCGCUGGUGGACUGCAUCAAGCAUGCUAUUGGUUAUGAGCAUGAAGUCCUGCUGAGAGAAUUGCUUCUGAAGAAAAACUUGUCCUUCCUAGAUGAAGAUCAGCUCCGUGCAAAGGGCUAUGACAAAACACCAGACUUCAUUUUACAGGUGCCAGUUGGUUUGGACCAGGCUUGGUCAUCUAUUGGUACGGAUUUAUCCAGGAACUGGACUGCAACCGGGAAAGGGGCAUCCUGCUCAAAGCCUGUUUCCCCACAGACAUUGUCACCUUAUGCCAUAGCACAGCUUGACCCUGAAGAUCCUGGAAGAGAAGCCGGAAGCAAUGUUACUUUCCUGCAGUAUAAACUUCUGGCAACAUCUGCCCUGAACUUCAGCUGAACCCUGCAUCUCUGGACAAACAUAUCAGGAGUUUCUGCUUUCCUUCAUCCCUAGCUGAUGUGAAUAGCCAAGAACUCCGGACACAACCCACUCAUUAUCAGCAUCUCUGUCUCUGACACAGUUAGUUUAUAGAUAGUCAUACUCUUGCUUCCUUCCGAACGCUUUCUCCUUGUACACUGAACAGAAGGAAAGGUACAGGGCUGAACGGUGGGAUUUUUCAAUUCUCUCUGUUAUCGAAUCACUGCCUUAUUUUUUCUUCUAAACCUCCAUGCAUAUUCUCUCUCUCUCUUUCUCUCUCUCUUGUCUCUGCAUGGAUACACUCUGGUACUAAGUGUUGCAUUAACAUCAGGGAAUAACCUACCACAAACCUAGAAAAGCUGGAGACAGGAAGUCUGUAAAUAUGUGUUCCUUCUCACCU